AGAUGACGUGUAACGAGUCUCUGAUUUCUUGCCUGAAUUUCUCAGUCAGCUCACAAGCUCAGUGACGCUCUGGAAAGUUGGUGGGCACAGGUUGGAUUCCAAUUGAUUUUACUUUUCACAGUUUUAUUUUGUAUAGAGUAAACAAUAUGGGGGAUAGUAACAUAAAUCUGGCGGAGGUCGGUCCUCCCGUGGAAUCGAAAUGUUCAAAUGAGCGAGCGCAGUCCUGCAGCAUCCCGAACGGCGAGAAUGGUCCUGCUCCCACGACUCGCCUGUACGUGAAGCGCUGGGCGAUCGUUUUCCUGUUCAGCUCGUACUCGCUGAGCAACGCGUACCAGUGGAUCCAGUACGGCAUCAUCAGCAACAUCAUCGUCAAGUUCUACAGGGUGGAUGAGUUCACCGUGGACUGGCUGUCCAUGGUCUACAUGAUCACAUACGUCCCCUUCAUCUUCCCCGCCACCUGGUUGCUGGACCAGAAGGGUUUGCGCGUCACUGCGCUGCUAGCCAACGCGCUCAACUGCGUGGGAACGUGGACUAAAGUGGCCAGCGUCCAGCCCAGCCUCUUCUGGGUCACUAUGCUGGGCCAGUUGGCGAGCUCCCUGGCUCAAGUGUUCAUCCUCGGGAUACCUUCGCGUUUGGCUUCGGUGUGGUUCGGCGCGGAUGAGGUCUCCACCGCCUGCUCCAUUGGAGUCUUUGGGAAUCAGAUGGGCAUUGCUAUUGGGUUUCUGAUCCCCCCUAUCCUCGUGCCUAACAUAGACGAUGUGGAGGAGCUGGCACACCACAUUAAGAUCAUGUUCUACAUCAGCGCUGGUGUGGCCACCAUCAUUUUCAUCCUUGUGAUCAUUGUGUUCCAAGAGAAACCAGAGCUCCCUCCCACACAGGCCCAGGCCCAGGCCCGGUGCAUCCCUCCAGAGAGCUAUUCCUAUCUGGCCUCAAUUUGGAGGCUGCUGCGCAACAAGCCCUUCAUGCUGCUUGUGGUCAGUUAUGGACUAAAUGUUGGCUGCUUUUACGCUGUGUCCACGCUUCUGAACCGAAUGAUCAUUGAACGCUAUCCAGGUGAAGAAGUGAAUGCAGGUCGGAUUGGGCUGACCAUUGUCAUUGCAGGCAUGGUGGGAUCGCUCAUCUGUGGAAUUUGGCUGGACAAGACUAAAACUUACAAGCAGACCACACUGGCCGUUUAUGUGCUCUCCCUGAUUGGGAUGCUUUUGUAUGCCUCAACACUCAACCUGGGCCACCUGUGGGUGGUGUUUGUCACAGCUGGAAUUUUCGGCUUCUUCAUGACUGGAUACCUUCCUUUGGGCUUCGAGUUUGCAGUAGAGCUGACCUACCCAGAAUCAGAAGGAACAUCAUCUGGUCUUCUCAACUGUUCAGCUCAGAUCUUUGGAAUCAUCUUCACCAUCGCCCAGGGAAAGAUUAUUGACAGAUGGGGCACUUUGGCAGGAAAUAUUUUUCUGUGUAUAUUCAUUUUAAUAGGAGCUAUCAUGACUGGAUUCAUUAAGUCAGAGCUCCGGAGGCAAAAGGCCAACCUACAGACUGCUGGGCAAUCAGUCAGUCGUGCAGGCUCGGCGUCAUCGGUUCAGGACUACGGGGGCACAUCUUGCAGCAGCCCCCUGGCAGCAGCAGUUCUGAUAUAAACUUACAAGCUAAAAAUCAAAACACCCGCCAAGGUAGGGACACCCUCUCUUAAAUACUCCCCAACAACACUGAUGCUAUCCUAUUGUCGAUGAAAAACUCGCCAGUUGUCAACCACAUUUCAAUUUAUGGUUGAGUAACUGCUUUCAAUAAUGUGUUUGCACCGUGUAACGUUCCAUAACAAACUCGUCCAAUCCUCCUGUCAUGGAGCAGCAAUUCACAAUACUUUUCAUGUGUCUACUUUAGUAUAUUUGUUGUGUUUAUGAAGCCUUUCAGGGACAGCGGUUACUACAGGUUACAGGGUGCAUGAAAGGGUUAAAGGUACAGUGGAAACUCCAACGUCGAACACAUCAGAAGUCUUCCAGUUUGGAAUUAAAAGGUUUCAUUUAUUAUUGAACUCUAAGUAUUGAUCUUUGUUUUGUAAUGCCACCCCAGAAAGAGGGGUACAGUAAUGUAAUACAGUACUGUAUUAACGAGGCAUCCAGACAUUUUCCGUAGCACUCUGGUGAGCUUGAGUCAAACUCGUUAACCUAACGUGUGCUAUUGGAAUAUGGGAGAAAGCUGAAGUAUCUGGAGAAAACCAACACAAGCACGAGCAGAACUUGGAAACGCCAGAUGUGCUAAACACAAGCAGGUACCGACCGUCACGGCUCACCUGUUUUCUGAGGUUGGUCAUGUGACGUUUGCAAGCUGAACCCUGAGACACUGUUGUCAUUUUCAGUCAACAGCAAGUGGCAAAAUCGGCGACCCCUGAGAUGUGGCCUAUGGUCUUGCUUGAUUCAUAUUGCACCACCGCAAUAUGAAUCAGAAUACCAGGUUUAGACGAGUGGGGCUGCAUAGAACAUAUUGUCAAGAAAAUCUUUGAUUUGACUUACUCUUUAAAUUACUGUGCAUCAUUUCCUGUUGGAAUAAUGGGUUGUGUUCAACUUUGGAGAUUCCACUAUUCACGUACUUCAUAUUUGGGAGCAGCAUGUUGCCAAAAAA